GACAAUGCGUUCUUGUGCGAGACGUGCUUCCGCAAAGUGGAAUCUUGCGUGAACUUCCGCUGUCAACUUGUCGCUUCGUUCGCGAGAUUAAACGACGCCCAGAUGCCGGAUCUCGAUUUGCCAGGUUUAGAAAACGCGAGUAUCACGGGAGCCUCGCUGAUCUCCAAAGCGUCUGACACAGACUCGGACGCGUCCAAGGAAAUCACGAACGCCAAUGAAAGUAAGGUCGCCUAUGAUUUAGAUCGACGUAGCUGCAGUGAGGCCGAUAAUGAUUCUUCGUGCGCCGAUAUGCCGCUGAAUUUCCAUCGCGGUGACGUUGACUCAGCCUCCAACUGCGGCAGCGAUAUUGGUGAUGACUUAAGUGCCGAUCCUGACGAUGUUGCGUUUUACUCGAAGAUCCAGAAGAGCGAUAUAGAGUCAGAAGUGAAUGUGUGCUCCGGCGAAGACGAUCAAGUGCUAGAGUUAUCUGUGAACUAUGAACACAAUGAAAUGAGCAAUGUCAGUUCGGCGGAAUCGGAGGAGGAAUGCGAUUAUGGACCGACUUUCAAAAAGAUUAAGCUCUCGAAUCAAAUUUCAUCUCCGCCGAUAUUGUCUUAAUAUGAUAUAUAUAUGUAUAUAUAUAUUUUUUUUAAGCUUGUACGCAUGUUUAGUAAGUGCGAGAUGUCUUACACAUAGUCGAUAUAUAUCGAACGGCGUACCAUACUAUUUUAUGUAAUUAUUUCUCAUUUUACUUUAAAGCGUUUUAAUGAAUACCUGUGAAUAAAAUAUUACUUGAAGGUUAUGC